AUGAGAACCGGUACAGCAGUGCCGUGCGUGGUGGCUCGAGGUGCGGGCAGAGUGCGGGACCCGGUCCCCACCACCCGGUCCCCACCACCCGGUCCCCACCACCUGGUCCCCACCACCUGGUCCCCACCACCCGGUCCCCACCACCCGGUCCCCACCACCCGGUCCCCACCACCUGGUCCACACCACCUGGUCCCCACCACCUGGUCCCCACCACCUGGUCCACACCACCUGGUCCCCACCACCUGGUCCACACCACCUGGUCCCCACCACCUGGUCCCCACCACCUGGUCCCCACCACCUGGUCCACACCACCUGGUCCCCACCACCUGGUCCCCACCACCUGGUCCACACCACCUGGUCCCCACCACCUGGUCCCCACCACCUGGUCCACACCACCUGGUCCCCACCACCUGGUCCCCACCACCUGGUCCACACCACCUGGUCCCCACCACCUGGUCCCCACCACCCGGUCCCCACCACCCGGUCCCCACCACCCGGUCCCCACCACCCGGUCCCCACCACCCGGUCCACACCACCUGGUCCCCACCACCCGGUCCCCACCACCUGGUCCCCACCACCUGGUCCACACCACCUGGUCCCCACCACCUGGUCCACACCACCUGGUCCACACCACCUGGUCCCCACCACCUGGUCCCCACCACCUGGUCCCCACCACCUGGUCCCCACCACCUGGUCCCCACCACCUGGUCCACACCACCUGGUCCACACCACCUGGUCCACACCACCUGGUCCCCACCACCUGGUCCCCACCACCUGGUCCCCACCACCUGGUCCCCACCACCUGGUCCCCACCACCUGGUCCCCACCACCUGGUCCCCACCACCUGGUCCCCACCACCUGGUCCCCACCACCUGGUCCCCACCACCUGGUCCCCACCACCUGGUCCACACCACCUGGUCCCCACCACCUGGUCCCCACCACCUGGUCCACACCACCUGGUCCACACCACCUGGUCCACACCACCUGGUCCCCACCACCUGGUCCCCACCACCUGGUCCCCACCACCUGGUCCCCACCACCUGGUCCCCACCACCUGGUCCCCACCACCUGGUCCCCACCACCUGGUCCCCACCACCUGGUCCCCACCACCUGCCCUUGGAAAUGGGUUUGCCGGCUUGUGUGGCCGAGCGGCUCUAG